UCUCUCCAGGAUGCCGCUCGAAAAGGGAACUGUUGCUUACGAAAUUUCGAUGGAUUCUUACCAAAGCCUUUGAAAGCGCGAUGGGAGAGCGAGGUGCCGAAGGUGUAAACUAGAUUCCUGAGGCUAAAAUCUGUACACACUCAGUAAAACCUCACCCCCUACUUAUUUAGGCAGCCUAUAUAUAUCUGCAAGAUCUGAUAAGAAAGAAGCUCGCCAUGUUCGACACUUGGGUCCUUCGCCGCCCGGCUUUUUUCAUCUUGCCAUCUAUUGUGAUCAUCGUAGCUCUUCUUAUGAGUGCGUCUUCCCCGGCGUUGUCACUUUUAUCUUUGCCACAAAUCCUGACGAAGCUCAAGACUUUUUGCCCGUUUCUUAUUUUAAUACUCCAACCACCGCGCCUCUAUCGACCCUCUCCACCGCCCCAUCGGUCUCGUCAACGACAACAGUCUCACAACCGCCCAAAAUGCCCAAAGCACCAGUGUAUUUCUUUAGCCAUGGCGGCCCCGACGUCCAAUACAACACCACCCACCCCGUCUACCCCAUCCUCCAGUCCAUCGGCAAGGAAAUCACCCAAAAAGUCAAGCCCUCUGCCGUGGUAGUCUUCUCCGCCCACUGGCAGCCCGAAAACGUCGGCCCAGACGAAAUCCACGUCAACAACGCCGAAAAGACCGACCUCAUCUACGACUUCUACGGCUUCCCCCCUCACUUCUACAAAGCAACCUUCCCCUCCACCGGCUCCCCCUCCUUAGCCUCCCACAUCAUCUCCCUCCUCGCCAAAUCCAACAUCCGCGCCAGAGGCCUCUCCCGCGGCCUCGACCACGGCGUCUUCUCCGGCUUCAACGUGGCCUUCCCCCCAGCCUCCAACCCCUUGGCUGUGCCCCUCGUCCAGGUGUCCCUCUUCAACUCGGAAAACCCCCAGGCCCACUUCCUCCUCGGCGAGGCCGUCCAGUCCCUCCGCGAGCAAAACAUUGUCAUCAUCUGCACAGGCAUGACGGUCCACAACCUGCGGGACAUGCGCCUCGCCUUCGGGCAGCCUCAACCCAUGCCGUACGCCGUGUCGUUUGACAAUGCCCUCAAGGAGGCUGUCGAGCAGCCUGAUGCUGAGAAGAGGAAAGAAGAAAUGGUCAGGGUGUUGAAGAGGCCAGACGCGAGACAGGCGCAUCCUUGGAUGGAUCAUUUGAUGCCGUUGUAUGUCGCCGUUGGGGCGGCGGGGGGGGACCGAGGAAGACAGACGUGGACGAUGCACGAGGCUAGUUUUGCUUGGGCGCAGUACCGGUUUGGGGAGUUGCCUGAGGAGAAGUAGGGAAAUAAGAAGGCGAUAUACAUAGCAAGUAAAAACAUGUAAAUAAAACAAAACCAGUUUAAAUUCUAUCACAGAGCUGAUUUUCCCCUGA